AUGCCUGGCACCUGUCCGCCCUCGCCGGUCCUCGCGUGCCUUCCAUCCCUGCGGAGCCCGGACACGCCAAGAGCCAAUUAGUGAAAUGUUCAUCCUAGCAAAGUGUCCUUCGGUGUGAGCGGAAUUUGGAUUUCCCUGGUCAGGGUUGGCUGAAGGCUGCCCUCGAACUCACAGUACUGGAAUUAAAGGCUCGUGCUGCCACGCCAGGCACAUCUGUAUUUUACAUUUACUGAGUGGUUAUAUCGCAAGCGCACAUGCACCGCUGCGCACACUUGAAGGUCACAGGACGACUUGAGGGAGUUGUUUCUCUCCUUGCACCACGUGGGUUGUGGGAUUGAUUUCAUUGACCUAGGACUUUAGCAGUGUGUAAAGCAUCCCAGGGGAUUAAUUGGAAGCCAACUUUGAAAAUCCCAUCCAAAGAUAAGGAGAAUAUACGGAAUGCUCUGUGGGCUUCAGGUUUCUGAUGGCAGACCGCCCUAGGUCUUCUGACCGUGAAAGAAUCCCAUGUUAGACUUAGUGUUCACAGUAGACGACCCUGUUGCCUGGCACGCAAUGAACCUGAAGAAGAAUUGGAGCCACUACUCCUUCCUCAAACUCUUGGGGCCGAGGAUCAUCUCAUCCAUCCAGAAUAAUUACGGUGCCGGAGUCUACUUCAACCCCCUGAUCAUGUGUGACGGGAAGCUUAUCAAAUACGGGGUUAUUAGCACUGGCACUCUGAUUGAGGACCUCCUGAACUGGAAUAACCUAUAUAUUGCUGGACGCCUCCAGAAGCCGGUGAAGAUCGUAUCGAUGAACGAGAACAUGGCUCUUAGAGCCGCCCUGGAUAAGAACCUGAGGAGUGCGGUGACCACCGCCUGCCUCAUGCUCCCGGAAAGCUUCUCCGAAGAAGAUCUGUUCAUAGAGAUCGCUGGGCUGUCCUACUCAGGUGACUUCCGCAUGGUGAUUGGCGAGGAAAAAUCAAAAGUGUUGAACAUCGUGAAGCCCAACGUAGGCCAUUUCCGAGAGCUCUAUGAGAGUAUAUUGCAGAAGGACCCCCAAGUGGUGUAUAAGAUGCAUCAAGGCCAACUGGAGAUAGAUAAAAGCCCAGAAGGACAGUUCACUCAGCUAAUGACACUGCCCAGAACCUUACAGCAGCAAAUCAAUCACAUCAUGGACCCUCCUGGGAGAAACAGGGACGUGGAGGAGACUUUACUGCAAGUGGCUCAAGACCCUGACUGUGGAGAUGUGGUGCGACUAGCGGUCUCGUCAAUCGUCAGACCUUCCAGCAUCAGACAGAGCACCAAAGGCCUUUUUACUGCUGGUGUGAAGAAGUCUGUGAUUUAUAGUUCACGGAAGCUGAACAAAAUGUGGAAAGGGUGGAUGAGAAAAGCGUCCUGACUUGACUGAUGAUGUGUUACGUGUAGAUGAUGAAUAAAUGGCUCCAUGCUUUUU